AACCGACAUCAAGGAGAAAGCCAGUAAAGGGAACGUCAAAGCCCUCGUACUCAAUCCAAAAGAACCUGCCUCCAUCCCGUAUUUUUAUCGUUCUCUCAAUGCAGCUCUCUCCUUAAGAUUCCCACUGAAUACUCCCGGCGACCCUUAUUUACCAUCAGGUUCCUCGCCAUCAGCUCUUCCAAUGACGAACGCUCUAGUAUCCUGUAUCUCCCUGCUUCCCAUCGCACCAAACCCUAUACCAAUGCCACUAGAGCGACUCGAUCUCUCAUCAUCUUACCUUCCAAUUCUUUAUGAAACCCAUAUCACAACCCUUGCAGUCAUCCAACGAAUCCUGCCUCUUUUUCGUGUUGCUACUGGGAGGCAAGGCGUCGGAAAGUCGAGACACGCAUCAACCCAAACGAGUGUCAUCGUGCUCGUUCCAGCAGUAGCAAGUCGAAUUGGUGUUGCCUUUGAUGGUGCACGCGCCAUGGCAACAGCGGGUCUGGUCAAAGGCUUAGAAGUCCUUCGUAGGGAGAUCGGAGAUAGGACAAAGGUCGUUCUCCUUGAUGUCGGUUCUAUCGCCGACCCGACCAAAGAAUCAAACUCGGGAACAAUUCCAUCAGAACAGGGCACGGGAGAUGAGCCAGACAUUGUAACGCUUACCAAGGCCUGGUCUGCCAGCGAAAGACAUGCCUACGCCUCCGCAUACGAAACAGCUCUGGUCCAUUCCUCCACCAUCUCCUCUUCCUCUCCCUCUAAACGACACCGAAAACGUCAUGCCUUCGCGACCGCAAUGGCAUCCUCUCUGGCUACUAUCCCAUAUUCAACGAUCAUGGAGAAACAUCUAUCUCUACUUGAGAGGUUAUCGGAUCAAUUGCAACAAUCACCCCAUGACUCCCAUUCAACCUCCCUUCCUCCAUCACAACAUGAGUCUGUAGUGCGGAAUAAACAACGAGCGAAUCCCGCCGGAAGGCCACUAGCAAUGAUCGACGGCGAGGAAAGAGCUGCUUCCACAGCUCCAGCAUCAUCAGCGAGCGGGGGAAGUCGAAGAGAAAGUGUUG